CUCUCUCUCCUAUAUAUUCAGACGAGAACAUGUGACCCCUCCACGGCCCGUCCACCCCCUGCGAGAUUUCAGGAUUCUCUCUUUCGCUCCUCCAGAGAACGAAGAGUGUGAAGGAUAGAGAGAGAGAGAGAGAGAGGAAAACCGGAGCUUAGAUUUAGGGCUCCCCUGAGAGAAUUCAUUGUAGUCAAAGUAGAACAGAGCAACAUGGCUUUGCAGCAGAAAAAUGUCGGGAUUCUGGCCAUGGAAAUCUACUUCCCUCCUACGUGCGUUCAGCAGGAAGCUUUGGAGGCUCAUGAUGGUGCAAGUAAAGGAAAAUACACCAUUGGACUUGGUCAAGAUUGCAUGGCAUUUUGUACAGAAUCAGAAGAUGUCAUUUCAAUGAGUUUGACAGCUGUAACUUCCCUCUUUGAAAAAUAUGGGAUUGAUCCAACACAAAUUGGUCGUUUAGAAGUUGGCAGUGAGACUGUGAUAGACAAAAGCAAGUCCAUUAAGACCUUCUUGAUGCAAAUCUUUGAGAAAUAUGGUAAUACUGAUAUUGAAGGAGUUGAUUCAACAAAUGCAUGCUAUGGGGGGACUGCAGCUUUGUUCAACUGUGUGAAUUGGGUAGAGAGUAGUUCUUGGGAUGGUCGCUAUGGACUUGUUGUCUGCACAGACAGUGCGGUCUAUGCAGAAGGACCAGCCCGGCCUACUGGAGGUGCUGCUGCCAUUGCCAUGCUAAUAGGGCCAAAUGCUCCAAUUGCAUUUGAAAGCAAAUAUAGAGGGAGCCAUAUGUCUCAUGUCUAUGAUUUCUAUAAGCCCAACCUUGCAAGUGAAUAUCCGGUUGUUGAUGGGAAGCUUUCACAAACUUGCUAUCUUAUGGCACUUGAUGCUUGCUAUAAACAUUUCUCUAACAGAUAUGAGAAGUUGGAAGGGAAGCCAUUUUCAAUGUCUGAUGCAGACUACUUUGUGUUUCAUUCUCCCUACAACAAGCUUGUUCAAAAAAGCUUUGCUAGAUUAUACUUCAAUGACUUCUUGAGGAAUGCCAGUUCUGUUGAGGAGGUUGCAAAAGAAAAACUGGCACCAUUUUCAUCUUUAUCUUGUGACGAGAGCUAUCAAAGCCGGGAUCUUGAAAAGGCAUCCCAACAAGUUGCAAAGAACCUAUAUGAUGCAAAGGUGCAACCGACUACUUUAUUGCCAAAACAAGUUGGCAACAUGUACACAGCAUCCCUUUAUGCAGCAUUUGCAUCCCUUGUUCAUAACAAGCACAGCACACUGGAUGGUAAUCGGGUAGUAAUGUUCUCAUAUGGGAGUGGUCUAACUUCCACAAUGUUCUCAUUCCGUCUUCAUAGUGGUGAACAUCCAUUUAGCUUGUCAAACAUUGCAGCAGUAAUGAAUAUCCCUGCAAAAUUAAAGUCAAGACAUGAGUUUUCUCCUGAGAAAUUUGUGGAAACCUUGAAGCUAAUGGAGCAUCGUUACGGGGGCAAGGACUUUGUGACGGCAAAAGACAGGAGUCUUCUAUCUCCAGGCACCUAUUAUCUCAUAGAGGUGGACAAGUUGUACCGGAGAUUUUAUGCCAAGAAAGUCGGGGAUGACAACACUACUGAUGAGAGUGGUGGCACAUGUUGUAAUGAUUCAGUGGCCAAUGGUUAUUAGAAGGGGGAUGAAGGAGCCAAAGCCCGCCUAAUUGCAUAUCCAAAUGUUGUAGUUACUAGUUAGUGCUUUUCUAUGAUGGCCAGAGCAUAUGGCUCGAUAAGCGGGUGUUCUUACUACUUAGUACUUACUAGCUCAAUCAAUGUGUUCCUAAUGAAUAAAGCAUUAAGCAUGGUUAUGUUUACCCUAAAAAUGUGCAUUAAUGAAAUUGUUCAAAUUUUUUUUCCAAUCA